CCAUCUGUCCCCACCCACCCGUGCCGGGGGCGCGGCCGUAGAACCUCGUCCCGCCCGCCCAGAGGCGUGACCCCACGGAGCCCAUCCCCGUGGCACCGGGCACCGAUCACCAUGGCCGGGCGGAUCGCCAAGGAGCUGGACGAGGUGCGGCGCUGGGAGGGGGCCCGCGACGUGCGGCCGCUGGACGGGAACGUGCGGCGCUGGGGGGGACUCCUGCUGCCUAACAACCCCCCAUACAACACGGGCGCCUUCCGCUUCGAGCUGACCUUCUCCCCCAACCACCCGCUGGAGCCGCCCUGCGCCACCCUCCGCACCCCCAUCCACCACCCCAGCGUGGACCUCGAGGGCCGCGUCUGCCAGCCCCUCACCACCCACGCGCACUGGGAGCCCGCCACCCGCGCCAUCCAAGUGCUCCAGGACCUGCUGCUGCAGCUGGACAGCCCAGAUCCCCGGCGGCUGCUGCGGCCGGACGUGGCCCGGGAGCUGCAGGAGCGCCCCGAGGAGUUCCGGCGCCGGGCAGAGGAACACACCCGGCUCCACGCCGAGCCGCGCCCCGACCCCCGCACAUAAGGCAAUAAAUUCUCUCCAUCACCU